ACCCUGGUACUGCUGGGGCUGCGUUAGGAGGGGACAAUGGGAACCAACACUCAAAGCAAGGAAGACGAGAGCGGCUGGGGAGGUGGCUGGAGCCCUGGCUGCCCAACCUUUCCAGGAAGGUUUAUCAGCAGAAACCAGAUUUGCAAUCUCCAGCCACUUCUUGAAUUUAGAUCUUGCUGCUAUUUGCAGCAACUCGACUCACAGUUGGUCACUCAGUUUUCUGGGAACGAACGGGGUUACGUGAUGAUCAGAAGGAGAACACAGAGCUUCCUCUUGCCACGGCAGGGGGACAGGGAGGGCACGGCACGGGGGGAAGGAGCAGCCUCAGCCUCUGGCAGGGCCACAGGUUUCUGCUUUCUGCUCUUUCCAAGGGACAUCGAGGAGGAAAGCCAUCAGCAAGGCAGCUGCCAGGGAAGUGGUUUUGCUUUUUAUGUUUUGGUUUCUGAAACUUUCAGUGGAAACACUUAAUUUUGGGAGAAAAACGGUGUUGUCACUCAAAACCCACAGCUGUGCCAAAAAAGGCAUUUUUGGGGGGGAAAUGAGACACUUCUGCUUGAGAAAACAAACAGAAGCAGCCCAGCUCACACUGGCAGCUUGCUCGGGAGCUGGGGAGCAGCAGUGCAGCAGGGACGGCUGUCCAUCAUCCCAGUCCCUCAUCCCAGUCCCUCAUCCCAGUCCCUCACGACCUGGAGAGCAUCCCAGCGAUCCCAACUGGUCUAUCCACAGGGGCUGACCUGCAUUCGCUCUACCCUGAUCUCCGGACCCCUGCUCUGUGCCAGCCCCCCUGCAAACCCCCCCCAAAGCCCUUUGGGCUCUGUGCAUGGGGAAGGGGCUGUAUUCCCCACUGGGACGGGCAUCGCAGCGAAGGAACCCACCGCAUUUUGGCAUUUAGCUGGGAACCAGUGGCCGCUUCAGAGCAAAAUCAUAGAGUCCCUCUCAUGAGACACCCCUAGGGUCAGUCAUGGUCCCCUGGUGAAGGGGAGGGAGCAACUGCCUUUAAAAAAGACAUCCAGGAUCUGUGGGUAAACACUGCCCAAGGAAGCAACGGCAGAAGGACGCUUGAGAAACUCCUGGGACACUUGGGUGUGCGUGAACCAGGCUCCAUCCCACAGGAUGCUUCGUGAAUAACCGCAGGGGAAAACCCACAUUGGGAGUGAGAAGCUAGAAAAUGAGGAUUUUCCUGGUUUGGACCCUUUUCCCAGGUGGCUGGGCGGUGACGGGCCCCGCACGGGUGACGGCCAAGCAGGGCGGCUCGCUGGCAGUGUCGUGCAGCUACAAGCCAGGCUACAAGCUCUACCCCAAGUACUGGUGCCGCCCAAGCUUCUUGUGGUUUUGCUUCACCUACAUCGCCCAAACCAACGGCUCAGAGGUGACGGUGACGCAGGGCAGGGUGUCCAUCAGGGACAACCACGCGACACACUCGUUCACAGUGACGCUGAGCAAUGUCAAGCUGGGGGACACAGGCUGGUACUCCUGCGGGGUGGGGAGCAGCCUGUGGUUCAGCCUGUGGCACGCCACCAAGGUGACGGUCUCUGCAGCUGUUUCAACCACAACCCAGGACAGCACCGUGAGCUCGUUGGCCACCAACCCCCUGUGCCCCACGGGCUGUGGGGAGCCUCCAGUGGUGUCUCAGCUCGGCAUCACCCACCUGCUGCUCUUCCUCAGCGUGAAGGUGCCUGUGGUGCUGGCCCUGGUGUGCAGAGCCGCCUGGGUGAGGAGCCGACACAGGAGCCACGACCGGGAAAACCUGCAGCUCUUGGAGGUGGCCGGCAGCACUGGGGCACCAGGCUCCCCCCGCGCCCCAGAGCCACAGGGACAGCCUCCUGCCCCCUUGCCCCCCACCCUGCCAGGGCUGCACCACCCAUAAGGGCCACCCCAUGCCGGGAGCUGCUUGGCUCUGGGUGCUUCUCCCCCUGUGAAGCCUCGGCCCCUCCUGGCAGCCCCUGCACUGGAGAGGGGAGUGUUUGGGGCGCAGAGAGCCUGCAUCUGCUGAGCUGGAGCUGCCAACUGAAGACAAUUUUGCAAUAAAGCCUGGGUAUUCUGC